AAACAACAACUCCGCUCAAUUGGGAGGGACGUUCAGCAGCAGCUGGGAGCUAUUUGACCACGUGACUGGAGAGAUGUUUCUGUCGCUGUAAGCAGCCAUCAUUUCACCCAAUACAAGCCUAUGCUAAAAAGACACAGAGAGGAGAUAUAGUCAUGGAUUUCCACAAGAAUACCGACUGAAAGGAACAUACUCGAUCCACUCCUUCGCCUAUGGUUUAUUUUCCGGAACAGUAGGACUGAUUUUCUCGUCAAAGGAGGGGGUUAACCGUGUCUGUACUAAAUGCUCCCGACUGCACACAGAUGUUUGUAGGCCUGUGUUACAGGUGAGCUUAACUAGCAGCUGCUUUGACCUGGUUUCCCAGCAACCACUGGCAUAAAAACAGCAGCCUUGGCCUCCUUAUUGGCGGAGGGGCAUAGGUGAAGGAGUGGACCCUGACUGCCGCCUUUCUGUUAUUUGCUUCGUUUUGUGACACGAGGGGGAGUAAGGUGCUAAUAAGACCACCCAGAGCAUGGGGCAGAAGGUUCCGGGAGGCAUAAAGACUGUGGACAUGCGGGACCCGGCGUUUCGGCCUCUCAAGCUAGAGCUGCAGGCCCUGGACUACACCAAGCCCUCCCGCCUGGAUAUGUUGUUAGACAUGCCAUCAGCCUCGCAGGAAGUCCAAGUUCAGCAUUCGUGGAACAACGACGACCGGUCGCUAAACAUCUUUGUUAAAGAGGACAAUAAACUCAUAUUUCACCGGCACCCUGUAGCGCAGAGCACAGAUGCUAUCCGGGGCCGAGUGGGAUACACGCGGGGACUACAUGUGUGGGAGAUCAGCUGGGCCAUGCGCCAGCGGGGCACCCAUGCAGUUGUUGGGGUGGCGACGGGUGAAGCCCCGCUGCAUUCUGUAGGAUACACUGCACUCGUAGGAAACAAUAGUGAGUCCUGGGGCUGGGACCUGGGACGUAACAAACUCUAUCAUGAUGGCAAGAACCAGCCCAGUAGGACGUAUCCAGCUUUUCUUGAACCUGAUGAAACCUUUAUUGUCCCAGACUCGUUUUUGGUGGUCCUGGACAUGGAUGAGGGGACUUUAAGUUUUAUCGUCGACGGACAGUAUUUAGGGGUUGCUUUCAGAGGACUCAAAGGAAAGAAGCUAUACCCUGUAGUGAGUGCUGUGUGGGGACACUGUGAAAUCCGAAUCCGGUACAUCAAUGGACUUGAUCCUGAACCUCUGCCGUUAAUGGACCUCUGUAGGCGCUCGGUGCGGGUCGCGUUGGGAAGAGAGCGACUGAGUGAAAUCCAUGGACUGCCCUUACCUGCAUCCCUUAAGAACUAUUUGCUCUACCAAUGAUGAUAGUAGUGCCUUUACAACCAUUCAAGGCAUAGUGUCCGCCUCUGUUACUCUCUGGGAUUAAUCAUCUUUCUGGCAAGCCUGUUUCAUUACAUCUUGGUUUUGGUUUCGGUGCCAUUCUCGGUCACUGAGUAUGGUACCAACAAUAUUUUUUACAAAUCGGACUGAGGUAGUAUCAUGCUUGAUACUUUCAGGAUCUAGUGUGUUUCUUGUUGAUUCAUUCAUAUACUGGAAAUCCAACUGAAGACAUAUGGCAGAUAUGAAAACAAGAACCCUUCUCUUCUCUAAUCAUGGCUAGUGAAACUUCAGCUGUUUGUCAAGGCCUUUUCCUUUUUAUAAUUUUUUUUUUUUUUUUUUUUUUUUUUAAAUGAGGUGUUGGCAUACCUUAAGCUUUUUGUAUCAUGUCAUUAACUUGAGGGUCCAUAUAGUGACUCUUUGCGGGCAAUGCAAAAUACAUUACCUUCUCAAGACCUUUAGGCUUAACAACCAGCAAGUUUUUAUGUUGAUAGACUUUUUUUUAUGUUUUUCAAAUGUCCUUCCCCUUGCAGUCAGUAUAAUAAAGUAGCUGAGUCCACUUCGGAUCCAUGGCCGCGGUUAGCAAGUUGACAACACUUAAUGGAAGGCGCUGUCUUCCCUUGCUUGCUCUUGGCAGGUUAAAAAUAGCCUGGUUUUAGCUGUAAGUCUGACCGUCUGGCCUGGAAAAACAGUCUUUGACGUCUGUGUCUGUGAGGGGGGGAGUUGAGAGGCUAGCAUUCAUGGAAACAAGCACAGUGUGCUAUGCUAGCUUUUUUUAAUCACUCAACGAGUCCCUCGCCUCUCUUCACACUGCAAUAUCUGAAGUGCCUGGCUCAUGAUACUGGUAUAUUAAGAGAAAGCCAUGAUUUGAAGUCCUUUUUAUAUUAAAUUAAAUAUUGCAUCACUGUGAAACUAUGUAGCAUACAUUAAUCAAUAAGAGGUUGUAUAGUGUGCUUUCUGUAAUGGCCCCAAAAAUCCUGUGAACACCCAUAUCCUACAAAUAAUGUUUUUGCCUGUUUUAUUCUUGAGGACCGUUUUUAACCUGUUGAUGAUUUGUCAAGAAAAGCAGGGAUGGAAUAGUGACACUGCUGUGUGGUGCCUUGUCUAUGAGAUAACCAUGUCAAAAGUGACACGCAGGCAAAUGUUGAUGUUUCUUUGCUCUGUUCUUUUAAAGUCUUGAUGCAGAGAAGAUAAGAUUGCCGAUUAUUGUCAUUUGUUUUCCAGAUUUUUUUUUUUUUUUCAUUCUAGUCUUUUAGAUGUGUAAACGUAGUUCAUGUUUGGCAGCCAUUUUGCUACGCAUGAGAGGGAUAGUUUGGUUCCCUGUUUUUAAACCCUUUCUGCCUGCAGACCACCAUUCUCUUUGUAUUCAGUGAUGUAGAUAAUA